AGUCGCGACCGGGGCGGCGAGGCGGCGGGCGCUCUGUGGCGGCGGGCUGUGGCGGGGGAUGCUCCAACGGACACGAUGGCCCCCGCCAUGCAGCCGGCCGAGAUACAGUUCGCUCAGCGGCUGGCGUCCCACGAGAAGGGCAUCCGGGACCGGGCGGUGAAGAAGCUGCGCCAGUACAUCAGCGUGAAGACGCAGAAGGAGACAGGAGGUUUCAGCCAAGAAGAACUUCUAAAAAUCUGGAAAGGGCUGUUCUAUUGCAUGUGGGUGCAGAAUGAACCACUUCUGCAGGAGGAGCUAGCGAACACUAUUUCCCAACUCAUCCAUGUUGUUAACAACUCAGAGGCUCAGCACUUGUUCAUCCAGACCUUCUGGCAGACUGUGAAUCGCGAGUGGCCAGGCAUCGAAAGGCUCCGUCUGGACAAAUACCACAUGCUGAUUCGUCUGGUCCUGAGGCAGUCCUUCGAAGUUCUGAAGCGAAACGGCUGGGAAGAAAGCCGCAUCAAGCUUUUCCUCGACGUCCUGAUGAAGGAGGUCCUGCAUCCUGAGAGUCGGUCUCCAAAUGGAGUGAAAUUUCUCUUCAUCGACAUUUACCUGGACGAGCUGUCCAAAGUGGGCGGGAAGGAGCUUUUGGCAGAUCAAAAUCUCAAGUUUAUUGAUCCAUUCUGCAAGAUUGCUGCCAAGACUAGGGACCAGACUUUGGUACAGACUAUAGCUAGGGGUGUUUUUGAAGCCAUUGUAGAUCAGUCUCCUUUUGCACCUGAAGAGACAGCCAAGGAGCAGAAAGCACAAGUGGGUGGCGGCGGCCUCUCAGAGGAAGAGGCGUCUGCAAACGAGAUGGCCUGGAGAAAAGUAGCCAGGAAAAAGAAAGCAGCACUAGGCAAAUGUCACCCUGGAAAAGAGGAGGGCAGCCAGGAAGGUGGACAGGAUGGCAGCGGAAGUGUGGAGGACACCGGGCCACUUCUCCAGUUUGACUACAAGGCGGUUGCUGACCGACUCCUGGAAAUGACCAACAGGAAAAACGUCCCUCCCUUCAACAGGAAACGUCUCUCCGAGCUCAUCAAGAAAUUCCAAGAUCUCUCUGAAGCAGGCAGUCUCUCUCACCUCAGUUUUGCUGAGGAUACCACUGCUGACGAAGAUGACCAGACCUGCAGUCAAGGAACACAUAGGAAGAAAGGGAAUAAACUUCUGGAGAAGACAGACAUGGCAGGAGGGAAAGGAACCACGUUUUCCCCUGCCAAGGAAGAGAGCAAAGGGGGCAUUCCAAAGAAAAAGAGGAGGAAGAAGAAGAAGAAGCAACUCCAGGCUGAAUGCACAGGGCCCAGUGGGGAAGCCAUGCGCCCAGUACAGAAUGGGAGCCAGGAGCCAGAGGCCAGUCCCAAAAGAGCCCCAGAGGAGAGUGGGGCUGAGCUGGGAAUUUUGGCCAUGCCCGGCACCCGGGAGCAGAGCAGCUCAGAGCUGCCCUCCUCGCACAACAAGAGGAAACGGCCCAGGAAGAGGAGCCCAAGGAUCCAGGUGGAGGGCCUGGAGUCAACAGCAUCAUCUCUGGAGGGGGUGGCCCCUCAGGCGGCCCCAGCCAGCGGUGCCCCUGUCCUGAAGAAGAGGCGGGAGCUGGGAGCCCUGCUGGUCAACGGCAGUGGCCUGCCUGUGCUGGCCUGGCCCCCACCCCAGAGGGAAGGGCCCCCUGCCAACCCAGCAGACAGAAGGGACUGCCCCACCUCCCUGCCCCCGGGUGGGAAACUGAAGAAAAAGAGUGGAGGGCCCAGCGGCCUUGACCUUUAUGACUCGUGCGCUCAGAAAGCUGCCAUUUUGAAAAAGAGGAAGAAAAUGAAGGAGAUGUCAAACUCGGUGGAGCCCAGAGGAAUGAAGCUCAUCCCGGCCCUGGGCAGUGGUGGGGUGCAUGGCCCUUUGAAGAAGAAGCUGAGGACGGAGAAGGACUUCGUACAGUUCGACGCUGUGUCCUCCCCGAAGCCCCUGUUCUUCAGGAAGGCCAAGGGCAGCACCGCUGCCUCACCAGGCCCCACCCUGCAGCCACACAGAACCCCGUCCAGCUCCAAGAAGGUGACCUUUGGGUUGAACAGGAACAUGACAGCAGAGUUCAAGAAGACAGACAAGAGCAUCUUGGUCAGUCCCACGGGCCCCUCCCGAGUGGCCUUCAACCCUGAGCAGAGGCCCCUCCAUGGGGUGCUGAAGACCCCCACCAGCUCGCCAGCCAGCACCCCUCUGGGCCCCAAGAAGCCGCUGACCGCCACACCAAAGAGAAGGCCAACGGCUAUGGACUUCUUCUAAGAUAGUCAGAGUUCUUUUAAAGACUGUUUUGUACAGAAUGUUCUAUAAAUUAUAACGUUUAAAAGGCA